CUAGUGCGCGCAACAAUGUUUAGCUAAUAUUGAAAGUGUAGUGCCGUGUGUGAUCAAAUUUCACUGCAUAUAAAUAUCCAGGAUGGACGUUGAUUAUCAACCGUGAUCGUCGCUGUUUCUGUCAUGUUAGUCAUAUGGUAAACUCAAGAGUGCUAAUUUUGAUUGUGCGAACUAUUCCGUCUACACCCCUGUGAAGUAUCGAAGUUCGAAGCCAACUGGGUUCAACGUUUGACUGAUUUUAACGCCUGAAGAUAUUACUGCAAGUCAAUUGGUUGCACCGAUGGUUCGUACCGGACACAUGUACCGGCUGUUCGUAACGGGUUAGCAAAAAUGGUGAGCAAUUCGGGAAGUGCUCCUCGAAUUAUGGUUUUCACCCCGACAUUUGAAGAAUUCAAGGAUUUUACAAAAUAUGUAGAAUACAUGGAAAGCAAAGGCGCGCAUAAAGCAGGUUUGGCCAAGGUGAUCCCACCACCGGAAUGGAUUCCUCGAAAAGGUGGAUACAAUUUAAAUGAUUUAAAUCUUUCAAUCCCUGCACCGAUCUGUCAAGUGGUCACUGGGAAGCAGGGGCUCUACCAACAAAUCAAUAUCCAAAAAAAGUCGAUGACCGUCAAAGAAUACAGUAAACUAGCUAAUUCCGAACGCUAUAAUACACCACGUCACUUCGAUUACGAAGAUUUGGAGAGGAAAUAUUGGAAAAACAUUACUUAUGUAGCACCUAUAUAUGGCGCCGAUGUAUCCGGCUCUUUGACCGAUCCCGAUGUUAAAGAAUGGAACAUCAAUCACUUAGGAACGAUACUCGAUUACGUUAAUAAGGAUUACGGCAUAUCGAUAGACGGAGUGAAUACGGCAUACCUCUACUUCGGAAUGUGGAAAACUACGUUUGCUUGGCAUACCGAAGACAUGGAUCUCUAUUCCAUAAACUAUCUGCAUUUUGGAGCGCCUAAAACGUGGUAUGCUAUCCCACCGGAACACGGACGGCGGCUGGAGCGACUGGCAAGCGGUUUCUUCCCGUCGAGUUACCAGAGCUGCCAAGCCUUUCUUCGGCACAAAAUGUCUCUGAUCUCACCUCAAAUACUUAGACAAUAUUCUAUUCCAUGCAACAAGAUAACCCAAGAAGCGGGAGAAAUAAUGAUUACAUUUCCCUACGGAUAUCACGCAGGGUUUAAUCAUGGAUUUAACUGUGCCGAGUCUACCAAUUUUGCUGCACCAAGGUGGGUAGAAUAUGGAAAGAGGGCAACGCAAUGUACGUGUAGUAAGGAUAUGGUGAAAAUUUCCAUGGACACAUUUGUUAAACGGUUUCAGCCAGAGAGGUACGAGUUAUGGUUGCGCGGUGAAGAUAUCGGGCCUCACCCGGAGGAUCCGAGACAAACUGCCGCUCCGAUGCCAUCACAAAUGGAUUUACUUUGCAAUAGUAAUAGCAACGGAGAAUUACCUCAAAGUUACUUAAGUGCUGCACCAAAAAACAAGCGACAUACGAUACACCGUAAAAAAAAUAUUGCUGAUACCAACCCCGAUGUUGAUAUGGAAGAAUUGGUGAAUCGUCCCGAUAUUCCACCAGACGUUAAAAAAGUUCUUCAAGAUUUGGAGUUGGAAGAAGCCGAUGAUCCACCGGACGAACAACAGUUGGAGGUUUUAGAAGACAUUUGGUUAAAGGCCGGAGAAAUGGAUGUAGACGAAGCCAGUGUCUUCGACGAUGGAUAUAAUCGUAAAAAGAGCCGAAAGAGAAAGAAAAAACAGCAGAGCACAUCGGAGAAGGAUCGACGUGACUCAAAAUCAAGAAAAAGUUCCGUUGGCAAAACUGUUAUCAAAUUGGAAAGCAACGCUACCGAAGCGGAAACGAAGUCAAAUAAAUGCGAGGACAUUAUUGGUGAUCCCGUAUCUUGCCUGGUUUUAUCUGAAUUGAAGCAUGAAUUGAAGCGUGAACCGAAGGAGGAGACAUCCGAGGCACUCAUAGAGAAAACUGCCGCGGAGCUUAUAAUCGGUUCGACAUUGAGAGAUGAUAUUAGCAAUGUCGUAGCCAGUACAACUUCAGAACUCUCGGAUUCUAAUAAAUUUGCUAAAAGGAAAAAGAAACAUUCUAAGCACAGUGAACAGAAGAAAUGCAAACAAAAACACUCAUAUAAGAGCAAACGAAAGAUGCCGGACUUGUCCAUUUUUAGCCCAACGGAACCUCUGGAUGUAUCCGAUGCGGAUGUACAAAGGAAACUUAUUGCUAUGCCUAGUCUUAAUAUUUAUAAAAGUACCACUACCAAGGACAUGUCCACUAGAUCCAGAAAGAUUAACAUGCUGCCAGGGAAUAUAAUUGCCGUAGGGAAUGAAAUUAGUAUGACUUCCAUAAGAAACAAGACCGUUGUAAAUAUCACAAAUGGUAGUCAAUCUUCAAAUGCCUCUCAUAAUAUCGAAAAGGAAACGGAAAAAAUUAGAGAUACCGAUGUAGACGAAUGCGCUACGCUUAUUCAAAUAAAUAAAAAUACCCCGCGUUCUACCAGUGACCUACUGUACAAAUCGGAGUUUCCAAAAUCUCAGACGAAGAACACAAUGUGCAGUCUGAAAAGCAAAUCACUUAACUCGGACGAGCGUUGCCCUGCUAUACGGGUUGCUGAAAUUCCAUCCAUAACCACGCCCAUAACUGCAUCGUUAUCCCAAGUAUCCGCGAGAUCGUUUAAUUUGCCAAAUUAUUAUAAAAGCUCUGGGACUACACCGGCCGGCGUACCCGUUCCAAGUUACACCAGGAAAGAUAUUAUAAAGGCGCCAAGACUCAGCGUCUUGCAUGAAAGACUUGACGGGCAAGAGUCCCAAAGUAUGCCAAAAUUGAAAGUUGAACAAGUCGCGGAAGAUGAAAAAGACAUUUGUAAUGCUGUCGAUGGUUUAUUGGUGUUGCAACAGAAAUCUUGGAAGGCAUUCCAGGAUCCAAGAAUUAGUCCCAACACUAGUGUUACUUUUCUUCCAAGCAGUAGUUUCUCAGCGCGUCCGCAGACUGUGAAAAUUGAGCCCCCUGUACAAAUUCCAGAGGUAACUUAUCAACUGACGGAUAACAGAGAAAAGUUAGAUCGGCCGAAACCUCUUAACGCACGAAUGGGUCAUGCACAUGCCAUAGAAAAGACAGGUAAGCCGAACUAUUCUACAUUUGGCCAAGGCAGCAAGCCGUUUUCGAAUCCGUUUAAUUAUAACCCCGGUUUAGAGACUGCGUUAACUUCCGAAACAAGAGCCGACAAACCGAAGUCUACGCAAGAGACGAAAGGUAUGGCUCAGCGGUUUUGGCAGUUUCAACACGGUAACAAAGUGUUUUUCGCAAAUGAAGAUAACGCUAGACCUAAGCAGUACCAAGUAUCGCCGUCCCGAAAUCAAGGGACGAUUAAAAUUUCGACAACUACGAUUAACCGAAGCAAUCUCGCCGCCAUAGGGCCUCAAAAGCUCACUAUAGCGAAAUGUACAAAAGUUUCUGCGGGAGUUCAAGCGGGGUCUGUUUCCCAAGAUUCUGGCAUGAAAACCCAAAUUGCCGAUGUAUUACCUUCUUUAAGUUUACCUUCAUCCUGCUUGAAGAUAAUACCUAAAACUUCGGAGCAGACAAAAACUUCAGCAAAUCCAACAAUGGAUAAGGUACAAACGUAUAGGAGGCUUCCAGUCAAAUUUACAAAUGUUAGGUGUUCCGACAGUGUUCCCUGUCAGGGUAACGGCAAGCCCGAUAGAGUGAAAACAUGCCCGGCAUCGGUUGACAAUUUAUCGUGUAUGGAAACCACCCAAUGUGAACUGGCAAGCAUAAUUAAAAUUGAUUCCGGUGCUGGUGAAACGAAGUCUCCACCUUACCCACCAAUUAGGCCCAAAUCCACUCUGCACAGAGGGAUGCCAGCCGAGUCAUGCUUGACAAUGGGUAACGUACAACUGCAAGGCAUCUCUGAUUCUACAAUGGAAGACUGUUCCGUAACGUUAUCGAAACAGAUGAAACCUACGUCAACGAAACGAAAGGCCAAAGAAAAAUUAAAAAAGAAUACCUCCAAAAAGAAGGAGACCUCUUCUCACAUAGACUUCCCUACGUUAAGUUUAGAAGAAGAGCCUGUUAGCGCUCUUAUUGAGAAACCGGGUAGCACAGUAACUCCUACUUUUCUCACACCUGGGCACAUAUCGGAUAUGCUUUAUCCCAGUGUUCCCGAUAUUAGCUUAUUGCAGGCUUUUAAUAACUAUUGGAGCUCUCAGGCAUCACAUUGCGCGGUGUGCACAACGUUCGCUUCGACGAGAAGUUGGCGUGGGCGACAAAUGCCGCCAGACUGGAAGUAUUGCAAACCAACUGUCUUACCAAAAUCUUCUCCAAUAUGGGUCUCAUCGACCCUAUUUGCUAUGAACUCAAAGGAGCAGGGCUUUGAGCCAGAGAACGAUACGUUGUUAAAUUGUCGGGAAUGUCGCGUGACAGUUCAUGCAUCUUGUUACGGAGUCACUGUACUGCCAGCGGAUCUGCAGAAUUGGGCAUGUGACAAGUGCAAAGCAGGCAUGGUACACGUGAUGUGCUGUUUAUGUCCGAUGCGAGGAGGGGCUGUUAAACGAACCAGCGAUAGUCGUUGGGCUCAUAUUCUUUGCGCACUUUUAUUACCAGGGGUUACUUUCAAAGACUCCAUUAAUAAAGAUCCCAUAAACGUACUGAGCAUUAAAACGGAAAUGGUUAAACAGCAGUGCUGCUGCUGCAGUCAAAAGGAUGGAGCUUGCCUUAGCUGUCAUCAUUGUGGCGCUCUCUUUCAUCCUAUGUGCGGACUUGUUGCAGGCGCCACUUUUGAUAUACCUGCUUACAACACCCAAGAACUUCAGGUAACAUGUCAUAGUCACGACAAUGGAAAGGAUAAAAUUCCAUGUAUUACUUCUGGAGAGACAGUUUGGGCAAAGCAUCGUAAUACACGCUACUAUAAAGCCACCGUAGACUCCAUAGACGAUACUCUUUUCUAUAUGGUUACUUUUAAUGAUCACAGCUUCAGCGACGACCUCUAUCCAACUGAUAUAACGAAUUAUGAUCGUCUCAAUCCCCCCCCAAUUGGAGCCAAUGUAACGGUUAAUUGGACGGAUGGACAAACCUAUGAAGGUGUUUUUGAGGGGUUAAAUCACCGAGUCAUGUACACCGUGAUUUUUGAGGACGGAUCGCAACAAAUAUUAAAACGCAACGAAAUCUACAGCUUGCAAGAAGAUAUGCCGAAGCGAGUUCGGUCGCGUCUGUCUGUCGCAACCGAAAUGAAGCAUCGAUAUCACCUUUACGGAAUCGAGGAUGAAUUUGAAACCCCAAGAAAGGUUAAACAUUCAAAGAAGCAUGACUGCGUUACAGCCGAGGUCGAUUGCUGAGCGAAGACAAUGUGGUACCUUGGCUGUUACAUAUACUUCUAUUUUGUGGUAAUUAAUACAUCUGCCUUCUCUGGUCCGUUAGACCACAAAGUGAUUUAUAUGUACGCAAGUAAAAACGAGAUAAGAAGUAUAUAUAUAUACAUUCUUACAUAGUAUACCUGUUUGAUGCAUCACAAAAAUUUAUAGCAUUUUUUAUUCAAUUUCUUGAGUUUCAAUAUCUUAAUUUUUUUUUUCUUCAAAUAAAAUACGUCAUAUUAAAAAUUGUAUAAGAAUACAUCCUUAGGUAAUAGCGGCAUUCAUAGAAGUAAACAUCCUCUUGUAGUGUCGAACUCUUCUUUACAUUGUACUCCGAUAUAAAAUUGUAACAACAAAUAUGAAUACAUUACUAUUAUGAUGUUGUAAAUAAAAUCAACAAAUAUUGCUCUGUUCUGUUUUUACACAUUUGCGAUAAAUGCAUUCAAGGAAGAAACAGAUUACUAAUAUUUGAGGAUGCGUUAGAUAUGAUAUUGAAAUUCAUCGAGAUUGCAAGAGAGAUUGCGAGAUUGAAAUACAUCGACAUGCUUUCUUGUGCCUCGAGUAGAUACAUUGAAUUGCUCCCGAUAAAAGCUAAAACAUAAGAUUCACUUUAGAUGGUAUCUUAAGUUGAGCAAGAUCCCUAAAAUAUUAAAUGUAUAUAAAAAUGUCGUUAAAUGUAGAAAUCUUAUACAAUACUGGUCCAAUACUAAGCAAUAGUACAAAUGAUAACUAUUGUUGUUUCCUAUUCUUUAUUAUCUUUAAUUAUAACGAUUAUCAUUGCAAUUUCUUUGUGUAUACAAUUAGCAUUAUUUUUGCUUUACUUCAGCUGUUAUUUAAUACAAAAUGCGACCUUAUAGACUGAUGUACAAUAAGGAGCCAUCAUAUUAUAUAUUACCACUUUGUAAAUCUUGCUAACGAUGGAGGUUGAUAUUUUUUCGAUAAGCUUUAAGGUGUUAUGAAAGGGUCCCCGCCCACGCGCGCACACACACACACACGCGCGCGCGCGCACGCGGGAGGGGGCCACGUACAACUUUUCUCUAAACUAGGUGCACCAAAUCAU